AGUGCAGCACUCUGGGAAGGGGGACAUUUGAAGGAAGGUACUAUUUUGGUGCUUUUAUAUAUCACAGAUAGAGACCUACUCAUACACAGAGUCGAGAGAGAGAUGGAAGGAGAUAAAGGUCCAGUAUGCGUUACAGGUGGUACAGGGUUUAUAGGAUCAUGGCUGAUCAAGAGGCUCCUUGAUCGUGGUUACUAUGUCCGAACUACCGUUAGAUCUGACGCUGAGCACAAGAAGGACACUAGCUUUCUUACAAGUCUGCCAGGAGCAUCAGAAAAGCUCCAAAUCUUCAACGCAGAUCUGAGUGAUCCAGAGAGUUUCAAUGCACCCAUUGAAGGAUGCACCGGAGUCUUCCACGUGGCUGCUCCGGUUGAUUUCCAAGACAGAGAACCUGAAGAAAUAGUGACCAAAAGAGCAAUCAGUGGAGCACUGGGUAUCUUACAAGCAUGCUUAAAUUCCAAGACCGUGAAGCGAGUUGUAUACACUUCUAGUGCAUCAGCUGUCGUAUUAAAUGGCGAGGAGGCAGAUGAAAUGGAUGAGAGCUUUUGGAGCGAUGUAGAUUUCCUUAAAGCUCUAAAGCUAUUUGGAACAGGUUCAGGUUCCUACAUGAUUUCCAAGACAUUAACUGAAAAAGCAGUCCUUGAGUUUGGAGAAAAACAUGGAUUGGAUGUCGUCACCAUAAUUCCUUCCUUUGUUGUUGGUCCCUUCAUUUGUCCCAAGUUACCAGGCUCUGUUCGCUCAACAUUGGCUAUGGUCUUUGGUGACAAGGAUCAAUAUAGUGUAUUUAUCAACAUGUGUAUGGUCCACGUAGAUGACGUGGCCAGAGCACAUAUUUUUCUCCUUGAAUGUCCUAUAGCAGAAGGAAGGUAUAUUUGUUCAUCAGAUCUCCUGACAAUUGAACAGAUGUCUGAAUUUCUUUCUGCUAGGUACCCAGAAUUUCAAAUACCAACACCAGAUUCUUUGAAGGAAAUUAGAGGUUAUAAAUUACCGAGUCAAUCAUCAAAGAAGCUAUUAGAUUCUGGCUUCAAGUAUAAGUAUGGUCUCAAUGAAAUGUUCGAUGAAGCUAUUCAAUGCUGCAAAGAAAAGGGUUUUCUCUAAUUCAAGAAUCUGCAUGCCAUUAGUUUGUGAUAUAUAUAUAUGUGUGAUACGCUCUCCCGCCAUUUAUUCUCUCUGCAUUUUCUCAUUUUGGAAUAUAUUGUAACAAUAAAACAAAGAAAACCUUAGUUUAAGGUCUGGUCAAGAUAUGGUCAAUGGCGCUCUUUUGUGGGAACUCGCGACCUUAAUUUAUAUCACUUUGUGAUCGACCAAAGAUCCAUUUUGCGAGAAGGGCUUUGACUUAUAACACUUGUUUAUGUGGGACAGAAGUAGACAACAAUGUCUUCGGUGCUUUAAGUUUGGUUAUUUAAUUUUACGAGUCUUGAGUUUAAAUUUGGCUUAUUUGUUUUUC